AUGCCGCAACUAAACCUCGACCCGUGAUUCUUAAUUCUCUCCUCCACAUGAUUAGCAUAUACUAUAGUCCUACAGCCAAAAAUUUCAUCUUAUAUAUCCGCAAAUAGUCCUGCCAACAAAGACAAUAAAAUAACUAACACAAACCCAUGAACCUGGCCAUGAACUUAA